UCCAUGGCUGCCUUUACAACCUCGCCUAAAUCCCACCUAUCGGAGAUACCAACCUUUCUCUGCGGCAGAGCUCUCAUUCCUAAGGGCAUGCUCCGCCGCCACCAACUACCCUCUAUGGAACUCCCUCGAACCUCAGAAUCCACAACCAGACUUCUCUAAAGCGCUCUCUUUCUCUCUUUAGGCAUAGACGCAUGUGUAGCUUCUCUAAUGACCGCCUGUGUGCGAGCUUCAAAAGCUUUAGCCGCUACCACCACCAUCACUGCUUCAAACCCUUUUGCUCUCAAGGUACGCCUCCUCUUCCCCUUAUUUUCUUCUUUCCACAACUGCCCCACUAGCACCAGCAUAGCUACAAUCUCUGAGACCCAUUACAGAGACCUUAUUUUCAAUACCUUUGAAGAGAAGUCCUGGGCUUUUUGUAACAUUAAUGAGGUCUCCGAUCAAUUCCGAGCUGUUAUUGUUGACCCCGACUUGUUUAUCCGUGUCCUUAAUUCGAUCCGGAUUAGACCCAGAAUCGCUCUGCGGUUCUUCAGUUGGGCCGAGGGCCAACCCGACUUUCAGCAUUCCGAGUUUGCGUUUUGUGUGAUUCUAGAAAUCCUCGUCAAGAACAAUUUGAUGAGGUCGGCAUAUUGGGUGGUGGAGAAGGUGAUUAGUGUAGAUAUGAAUGGAAUUGUGGAUGUUUUGGUUAAUGGGUAUGUUGGUCCCGAGGUUUCGGUUAAGCUUCUCGAUCUUUUGUUAUGGGUCUAUACCAAAAAAUCAAUGAUUGAGCAAUGUUUGUUAGUUUUCAGUAAGAUGAUAGGAAAUGGGUUGUUGCCGGAUGUGAAAAAUUGUAAUAGAAUGCUUAGGAUAUUUAGGAAAAGAGACCUUGCAACUAAGGCUAGAGAGGUUUAUAGAUUGAUGGGUGAGUGUGGGAUUAAGCCGACAAUUGUUACUUAUAAUACUCUGUUGGAUUUGUACUGCAAGGAAGGGGAAGUGUCGCAAGCGCUAGAGCUUUUAUCUGAGAUGCAAAGGAGGGGGUGUUUUCCGAAUGAUGUGACGUAUAAUGUGUUGAUUAAUGGGUUGUCAAAGAAAGGGAAGUUAGCGCAGGCCAAGGGGCUGAUUGGAGAGAUGUUGAAUUCGGGAUUGAAAGUUUCAGCAUACACCUAUAACCCAUUGAUUUGCGAGUAUUGCAAGAAAGGAUUGCUUGUUGAGGCAUUAGAUUUUCAGGAAGAGAUGGUGAAUAGAGGAGCUAAGCCUACUGUGGCAACUUUUAAUAUGUUAAUGUAUGGCCUUUGCAAGUUGGGAAGAAUGGCUGAUGCUAGACAACGGUUUUCUGAUAUGUUUAAGAAGAACGUGAUGCCAGAUGUAGUUUCAUACAACAUUCUAAUAUAUGGGUAUUGUAGGUUUGGGAACAUUCGGGAGGCUUUUCUGUUGUUUGGUGAGUUAAAAUGUAGGAAUCUCGCUCCUACUGUUAUUACCUAUAAUUCUCUUAUAGAUGGCCUUUGCAGGUUGGGGGACUUGGAUGUUGCUUGGCAGCUCAAAAAAGAAAUGAUCAACCAAGGGAUUUGUGCUGAUGUUUUUACUUAUACGAUUCUAGUAAAUGGAUCUUGCAAGAGGGGUAAUUUGUCAAUGGCUAAGGAAUUCUUUGAUGAGAUGUUGCAAGAAGGGUUGGAGCCCGACUGCUUUGCAUACACCACUAGGAUAGUGGGUGAACUGAAGCUUGGUGACACAUCCAGGGCGUUCAGCAUGCAAGAAGAAAUGCUAGCUAGGGGUCUCCCACCUGAUUUGAUCACCUACAAUGUUUUUGUAAAUGGGCUCUGUAGGUUGGGCAAUUUGGAAGAAGCAUGUAACUUGUUGCAGAAAAUGGUUCAUGAUGGUCUUGUUCCUGAUCAUGUGACAUAUACUAGCAUCAUUCAUGCACAUUUGGAAAAUAGACAUCUUACGAAAGCCAAAGAGGUAUUCUACGAGAUGCUGAGCAAGGGCUUAUCCCCUUCAGUUGUGACUUACACAAUAUUGAUUCAUGCCCAUGCCAGUAAGGGGAUGCUUGAACUGGCAUUUGUGUAUUUAUUGGAGAUGCAGGAGAAGGGUGUUUCGCCAAAUGUGAUCACCUACAAUGUUCUGAUAAAUGGUCUUUGCAAAGUUAGGAGAAUGGAUCAGGCUUACAAGUUUUUUGUUGAGAUGGAAGAAAAAGGAAUACUUCCAAAUAAGUAUACAUACACUAUUUUAAUAAACGGGAACUGCAACAUGGGCAAUUGGCAGGAGGCUUUGAGACUGUAUGUGCAGAUGCUGGAUAGAAAAAUUCAGCCUGAUUCUUAUACACACCGUGCACUUCUAAGGCAACUAGACGAAGACUACAGAUUGCAGGCAGUGCAAUACCUUGAGAGUUCAAUUCUAGGUAGCAAAGACACUUCUGAGGUAAGGACUUGAUAUAUCCAUUAUGGCAUUCUGGCUCACUCUGGUGAUUGGUGACAGAGCGCCAUAUUUGUGCUCCCAUCCAAACGAAAAUGGUUACAACAACCGUUGGUAAUUAUCCUUGGGAUGAUACUUCAAGAUGGAGCAGCUGAUGGGUAAAUUUGGUAAUUGGAAAAGUCAACUGUCGAAUACUAACUCAUUUUUGAUCCAUUACUGAUUGCAACUGAGCAAUACUUAAAACCAGUCCUUGGAUCUGGAUCACUAAUUACAUAGUUCAGAGGCAUAAUUUUGCUUCAAAGAGUCAACAACAGUUGCAAGUAAUUACUGGAUUCAAAAUGGUUGAUACUCUAUGAUCAGUGGUCCCAUGGAAAGUGGAAACUUCUAAUUCCAUAGAUUAAAACAUUGUGAGAGAAAAGCUAAUCUUCUUUAUAUCAUAAAUUUGUGUUAUAAACCACUGUUCUAUAGGUCAAAGUGUUUCCACUUGUAAUUUGCUAUACAAUUUUACUUGUCAAAUGUGCUAACAGUUUGCAUGCUACAGUUUGGUCCUGUAUUUUUCUCGUUGGCAGAACUUCCCCAGUUUCUCUUUCAGAAACCUAAAUCCUUUGUUUACAGAUUCAAUGAAAGAAAAAUGAAGUUAUCGGGGGUUAUUUUGUGGAGGAUGCUUUCUUACAUCAUUGCUAAAAUGGGUGUGCCUGUGUCGAUUUGUUUUUCAUCAGAGAUGUAGUAUAUUAUCUAACCAAUGUUUCUUUUGUUUGCCAAGAAGAAAGGGAAAUGAGAAAAGUAAAAUAUCACAACUAAUUGGAGCUGUAUCAGGUAGUAUUAGUGCAUCUUCCUUAUGAAGAGGGGAGUUAUAUGUAUUCAGCAUUUCAGACCAUUGGACUUAUUGGUGAUGAUUGCUAAGUUUUUUUUCUGCUUAGGCUUCAGAUGGUGAUUGCGAAGUAGUCCAUGAGGUCUAAGGUUCGAAUCCCCUUGAGUGCAAACAAUUCUUUGGGGCCAGCCCGCUGGCGAAGCUAGAGUAUUAACCGAUCCAUGUGGAGGGGGUGCUUUACAUGGGUCCGAGGUUUACCCAACAGAGGUAGGUACACGAAGUGGCUCUGCCUCAGAGGGGUUCCUUGUUAUUAAAAAAAAAAUGGUGAUUGCUAAGUUUUUUUGCAUAGGCUUCAGAUGGUGAUGUAACAGACAGUGUUGUUUUAAAUACUUCUAUAGGAGGAAGACGAGAACACUUCCACUGGAGGAAGAUGAAUCAGUGAUUGAAUUCUUCUUUUACAUGUCUUUGGAUUCCAAGCAUUGAACUUAAAAGUUUCUCCUAUGUGUUUUCUGUUAGCUGGAUAUUUUGAGGGUUUUUUUCUUUUAUUUUCCAUUGUCCAUGUGUUUGGAUUCAAGCCUUGAAGAUUGGAUUCUUGAAUAAUAGAGGAAACAUUUGCACUUGCAUCUAG